AUGACUACGCUUGGCGAAUCUCUUAGAGAAUCGCUCACGGAAAGUCAGAUCAUCGAUGUAGUCGUUUUAUGCUUUGCUGGGAAGUUCAAAGAGCCAAAAGUACAAUCUAGACUCGAAAAGUGGAUCGUUUUCGACAGCUCAGUAACGCACGGAAUCGAGAAAUCGGACCAACCCGAGCGCCCUGCGUCGGCUGGGGAAGUGGUGCGAGAACUGCCGGCUUUGAGGCUUCGAGCACAACUGUCCAAACUCGAAUGCUUCGCGUUUGCAUAA